AUGGCGAAUCGUUGGUGGGCUGGGAAUGUGGGAAUGAGAAGAGAGCAAGAGUUGAUGGAAAACAACACCAACAACAACGUGAACACAACUCCAACUAACAGUAGCAACAGCAACACAAACGCCAACACCAACACGACCGAGGACGAGGAAAGCAGGGACAACGGGGAAGAGCAGAACCCAGGAAGCCACGAUGGGGCGGAACCGGGGAGCAGCGGGAGAAGGCCACGUGGCAGGCCACCAGGGUCCAAGAACAAGCCCAAGCCACCCAUUGUUAUCACCAAGGAAAGCCCAAACGCGCUACGAAGCCACGUGUUGGAAAUCACCACCGGGAGUGACGUGGUGGAGAGCAUCGCCGCCUUCGCUAACCGUCGCCACCGUGGCGUGUCGGUGCUUAGUGGGAGUGGCAUUGUCACCAACGUCACUCUCCGGCAACCGGCUGCACCCGGUGGAAUUAUAACCCUUCAUGGAAGGUUCGAGAUACUCUCUCUCUCUGGCGCGUUCUUGCCUUCUCCUUCUCCUCCUGGUGCCACCGGACUCACCGUGUAUUUAGCCGGUGGUCAGGGACAGGUCGUUGGCGGCGCCGUGGCGGGUUCGUUGGUUGCUUCGGGGCCUGUGAUGGUGAUUGCUGCUACUUUUGCAAAUGCUACUUAUGAGAGGUUGCCAUUGGAGGAUGAACAAGGUGAGGAAGAAAUGCAAGUGCAACAACAGCAACCGGGUGUUAGUUCAGCAACUCCGGGUUCUCAAGGUUUGGGCGAACAGGUUUCAAUGCCUAUGUAUAAUUUGCCUCCGAAUUUGCUGCACAAUGGUCAGAAUAUGCCUCAUGAUGUGUUUUGGGGACCCCCACCUCGUCCUCCUCCGUCUUUCUGA